GUGACGUCAGUAAACGUUGCCUUUCGAAGCUCUUCCAAGGGAAAAGAGGCGCCAUAUUGCUGAAGUGAGAGGUAGGACCACUCCUUUCCCCAAGUUUCCACCCUUCAGAGAGACGCUAGUUCAGAAACAUGGCGUACAUCAUCAGAGAAGUGAUGGACAAUGAGGACCCUCCCCUGCGACCGAAGGAUGUGGAGUGGAAAUACAGGAUGCAGUCCACAUACGGACCUGGCUACGCGAGGUGCACCAACUGCAACAACUCGUGGGGUACCCAGCUGUGCUGGCUGACGGUGAACCUGAAACAGCGCCGCGUGGUGAAGUGGUGGGAACAGAAGUGUAAGAAGUGCCAGACUCCGAACCGCAUGCGCAUCCGGAAAGACGACCUGUACAUGAUGAUCGAAAUGGCAAUCGACAAGUACUAUGCGUUGAUAGACGGGACGUUCAGAAAGCGUCGUCUGCGCCCGACGGAGAGCGACCCGCACGACAUGAAGCUGUGCGAGCGCUGCCGGUACGGCGAGGCCGAGCAGCCCUGCUGGAUGAACCUCUGGUACUGAUGAUGUCACCGUCACCGUAGCAACCACUGAUGAUGUCACCAUUCCCAUGGCAACCACUGAUGAUGUCAUGGUUACCAUUGGAACCACUGAUGAUGUCAUGGUUACCAUGGGAACCACUGAUGAUGUCACGGUUACCAUGCGAACCACUGGUGAUGUCACGGUUACCAUGGGAACCACUGAUGAUGUCACAGUUACCAUGGGAACCACUGAUGACAUCAGUUACCAUGGCAACUGUUGAUAUCAAGGUAACCAUGGCAACCAUUGAUGAUGUCACAGUUGCCAUGGCAACCAAAAGCAACACUAUGACAGAUGACAGACCAGGACCAGGGAUUUUACCGCCUGCCGCUAACAUGUAAAACACAACACUGGUCACUUCAGAGGCUUUGCUUUCACUAAAUAUAAGUUGAAGUGAAAGCUUGGAGUUCA